AUGGGUGAGCUGCUUGUCCGACAUUUCCCUCGAUCAUUUGAAGCUCAAGGUGAAACACUACUUGAUGAUAACGAAGAUAGUUGCAAUGGAGAAGAACGGUUCACUUCAAAAGAAGCGAUUCGUGAUAAGAACGAUAAAAUGAAUAAUGAACAAAACAAUCGGAACCCUCAAACGACCACGACAAAUCUUUCGCUUCAAAGUAAUGCUCAAAUCAAGCGGUCAGACUCUCUAACUGAUCGUGAAACGUGGACAUCCAAAGUGGAUUUUCUUCUUUCGGUUGUUGGAUUUGCUGUUGAUUUGGCGAACGUUUGGCGAUUUCCUUAUUUGUGCUUCAAGAACGGAGGCGGAGUGUUUCUGAUACCAUACACAAUUAUGGUAUUUGUUGCUGGUAUUCCACUUUUUUUCAUGGAACUUUCCCUGGGACAGUAUUAUAAGAAAGGAGCGAUUACGACUUGGGGGAGGAUUUGUCCAUUAUUCAAAGGCAUUGGCUAUUGUGUGAUAUUAAUCGCAUUUUAUACCGACUUCUUCUACAACGUGAUCAUCGCGUGGGCACUGCACUUCUUUUUCGCAUCCUUCACAACGUCACUGCCAUGGGCAUCGUGUUCCAAUGACUAUAACAGUGCUGCUUGCUAUGAACCCAGUUGGAACAAAAACGGUGACGAUGGAGAAUGUGUCACAACACUCAAUGAACACGGUAUUUCGGCUGCUGAAGAAUAUUUCUAUAAACAUUUCCUCGGUCUUCAUCAUAAAGGUUCAUCGAACUCCUCAGUGGCACGUUCGCUGACUGAUUUAGGAUCAGUCAAUUGGUCAAUUGCAACUUGUUUGCUUAUCGUUUAUCUGAUUUGUUAUUUCUCGUUGUGGAAAGGGAUCAAAAUGAGUGGCAAAGUGGUUUGGUUCACGGCUGUAUUUCCGUACAUUGUGCUCAGUGUGCUCUUCAUUCGUGGCAUAACUCUGCCGGGCGCUGAGAAGGGCAUUCGGUACUAUUUGAAACCCAAUAUUGAAAUGCUCGCAGUGCCGAGUGUUUGGCAAGAUGCUGCUACACAGGUGUUCUUCUCAUUAGGUCCAGGAUUUGGUGUACUCAUGGCGUACUCAUCGUAUAACGAAUUUCACAAUAACGUCUACUUUGACGCAAUUAUAACAAGUACGAUCAAUUGUGCCACUAGUUUCCUAUCUGGUUUUGUCAUCUUCUCGGUUUUGGGUUACAUGUCAUGUAAGAGUGGUAAAACAAUCAAUGCUGUUGCACAGGAAGGUCCAGGACUGGUAUUUGUUGUUUACCCGGAGGCAUUAGCAACCAUGCCGGGUGCAUCUAUAUGGUCUGUAAUAUUCUUCUUGAUGCUUCUCACACUUGGCUUGGAUAGUUCGUUUGGUGGCUCAGAAGCUAUUAUAACAGCUUUAAGUGAUGAGUUCCCCAUAUUGAAACGACAUCGUGAGGUUUUCGUUGCCCUUUUAUUCACAUUUUAUAUGUUCGUUGGAUUAUGGAUGUGCACCAAGGGCGGGAUGCUAAUUAUGGAAUGGAUUAUUGUGUACGGCACUUCAUGGGGGUUGCUCAUAGCAGUGUUCUGCGAAACGAUCGUUAUCUCAUUCUUCUACGGAAUCAACCAAUUCGUGAGUGAUUUAAAAGAAAUGUUGGGAUUUGAACCUGGCUGGUAUUGGCGUAUCUGUUGGACGAUUGGAGCACCGCUCUUUCUGCUGGGAACAAUCGUGAGCAGUUUCAUAAACUACAAACCGUUGAAAUAUCAAGAUUUUGUUUACCCUUUUAUGGCUAACUUCAUCGGUUUAAUAUUCGCGCUGUCGUCCGUUUCUGCAAUACCAAUCGUUGCUUGCUUCAAGUUAUGCACGGCUCAGGGGAACACAUUCAAAGAGAGAGUGCGAAAUGUUCUUCAACCGUAUCAUCAACGAACAAUACCACGCGAAUAUGAAUCGAUCGGCUCACAUCCUAACGAAAUCAUCUUAUGA